ACAGGAGCUGGCUGAUGGGGUUCCCCCACAGGAGGCACAGGGGCCCCACGCUGCCAAAGGAGAGCAGCUCGGUCUGAAGGGGCAAAACGCAUCCACCGGGAACACAAAUAAAGUCUGUAUGGUGCAGACUGCCCGGGCACACCGGCUGGGCCAGCUGGUGGAGUACCUGGUGCCUGCCGUCCUGGGCAGGGACCCCACCUUCGUGCCCGCCUUCCUCUGGAACUACAGAGCUUUUGCCACCGCCCAGCAGGUGUUGGACCUACUGCUGACAAGGUAUGGCUGCGUCUUCCCCUACGCUGAGGAGGAUGGCGGGCCUGUGGACCAGCGGAAAAAGGCCAUCCUCGCCAUCCUGGGCAUGUGGCUGGACCAGUGCCCUGAGGAUUUCUCCCAGCCCCCAGAAUUCCCCUGCCUGGGGACGCUGCUGGCCUACCUCCGCCUCAGUUUUCCAGGCUCAGACCUGGAGCGCCAGGCCCAGCUGCUCCUUUCGGAGCUGGAGCGCCGUGAGCCCGCAGAGGCAGAGGCAGAGGGUGAGGAGGACUCGGGGUGGGUGAUGUGGGUGCGUGGGGAGGAGAUGGGGCUCGGCCACACAGAGAAGAGCUAG